GGUGGGAGGGUCGUGACGCAGCGAGUUUCAGUCGUGACUUUCUCGGGGGUAUCUCGGCGUCCUUUAUUUUUUCCCCUUAAAGUAAAACGUCUCCCGACGCCCGCCCGCGCAUUUCGGGAGCACGGGCGGCCGCUGCCCCGGGAAGGGUGGCACUGACGCGAGCCGCAGCGAGGGCCGGUGGUGGCGGUCACGUGGGCGUGUUUGGGGGCGGGGCCGUAGGGCUGUUCCGGGCGGUUGGGCGCGCGAGCGAGGAGCCCAGGCAGCCGCGCCCGCCCAACCGCCCCGCCCCUGGAUGCCGCUCUGCCCCGGCACGGCCGCCGCCGAUCGCUGCACAGGAGCCGCCGCUGCCGCCGCGGUUGAUGUGGUUGGUCCGGGGCUGAGGAGGCCGCCAAGAUGCCGCAGUCCAAGUCCCGGAAGAUCGCGAUCCUGGGCUACCGGUCUGUGGGGAAAUCCUCUUUGACGAUUCAGUUUGUUGAAGGCCAAUUUGUUGACUCCUACGAUCCAACCAUAGAAAACACUUUUACAAAAUUGAUCACAGUAAAUGGACAAGAAUAUCAUCUUCAACUUGUAGACACAGCUGGGCAAGAUGAAUAUUCCAUCUUCCCUCAGACGUACUCCAUAGAUAUUAAUGGUUAUAUUCUUGUAUAUUCCGUUACAUCAAUCAAAAGUUUUGAAGUGAUUAAAGUUAUCCAUGGCAAAUUGCUGGACAUGGUGGGGAAAGUACAAAUACCUAUUAUGUUGGUUGGAAAUAAGAAAGACCUGCAUAUGGAAAGGGUGAUCAGCUAUGAAGAAGGGAAAGCGCUAGCAGAGUCAUGGAAUGCAGCUUUUUUGGAAUCUUCUGCUAAAGAAAAUCAGACUGCUGUUGAUGUUUUUAGAAGGAUAAUUUUGGAGGCAGAAAAAAUUGAUGGAGCUGCUUCACAAGGGAAGUCUUCCUGCUCGGUGAUGUAAUUCUUCCACAGAACCUGAGGACACUGGGAGUCUGGCCUACCUGGAGCAGCAAACUGCUCGUCAUCUGAGACAAACUGCUUCUUUCUUCUUAUGUUAACCUGAAAGAUUUCAUUUGGGUCAGAGCUUUUUCCCACCCCCCCCACCCCCUUUCAGAUUAUGUUAAACUCUGACUCUGUCCAAAUGAGUUCACUUCCAUUUUCAAAUUUUAAGCAAUCAUAUUUUCAAUUUAUAUUGUAUUUCUUAAUAUUAUGACCAAGAAUUUUAUCGGCAUUAAUUUUUCAGUGUAGUUUGUUGUUUAAAAUAAUGUAAUCAAAAUGAUACAUAUUGUUACACUACUAUCAACUAGGCUUGGAUAUAUCAGUGUUUCUUUCAUUGUGUUAAAUGUAUACUUGUAAAUAAAAUAGCUGCAAACCUUAA